ACUUUCAGCAGUCUGGAAAGCGGGACAGGAGCGGGGGCGCGAGCUGCCGUGACAGCGGGACAAAUAAAGUGGCGGUUCUGGUUCGAGACGCAAAGAAAACACUUGGUUCUUUCACUUCGCGCUGUUGUUUUUUUUUUUUUUUUGCAUUUUCGCUCUGACUGUUUUCGGAGAGUUUUUUUUUAAUUUUAUUAUUAUUAUUAUUAAUAAACUUUACUAGGUUUCUUUGGAAUGAUGUCCGGCCUGGAAUUUGCACUGGGAUUUCCUUGAAACUUCACCAAACUCGCGUGUGGAGCCCCAUUUUUCAACCUUUUUUUUCUUUCUCUCUCUCUCUCUCUCUUUCUCAUUCUAUCCAUCUGGACGUCGCUUCGUUUCCACGGCAACGGAGCGCGCGCCGGCCGGAUGUGUGCGCGCCGCCAUUUUGCGCACAGGUGCCGCUAUUGAGGAGAGAGAGAGAAAAAAAGAAGUGGAAAGGAAAAAAAAAAGGACAAUAACAAACAAAACAAACUCCAGGAGUUCGGUAACGCGGAUUUUUUUCUUCUAAGCGGAUUUGAAUGCCUUUGCGGGGAGUUUGCUGGUGGCUGUGCUGCACGCGAGGCUUCCGCUUGCUGGGGCGCGAGCAUGGAGGGAGGGAGGAGGAGGAGGAAGAGGAGGAGGAGGAAGAGUCCUUCGAGUUGCGCAACAAGGAGGAGUGCACGCGCCGCGCGCCGGGCCAACUGGAAGGGACUCUUUCUCAGCCGACUCGAUCAGCCAAUGGCACGCCCAGCCUGUCAGGUGUGUCAGAGGAUAAACUGAUAAACGACGGGAAAGUGAAGAUGGAGGACGACCCGGAGGUCCUCGUUAAGGGCUGGCUGCUGCGCGAGGUGCAGGCCGGUUGGAUCCGAUACAGGAGGUUCUGGUUCACUCUGACCGCAGACUCUCUGGAGUGCUACAGCGGCCCUGAGAAAGACGCUCGCACUGUGGGCAUGCUCGUCCUCACUUCGCUCUGCUCCGUCCUCUGGCCCGACAAACACACCUACAAACAGACAGGUUACUGGAGUCUGACGGUGUUUGGGCGGAAACACUGCUACAAGCUCUUCACGAAACACUUCAACGAGGCGGUGCACUGGGCAUGUGCAAUACAGAAGGUCAUCGACAGCAAAGCGCCAGUGGAGACGCCAACUCAGCUCCUUAUCCGUGACAUCGAGGAGAACAAGUUUAACCCUGAGGUGGUGGAGCACAUCUAUGAACACAACCCCAUCCUGACGUACACACAGAGUCCUCUGUACGCUCCUCUGCUCCCAUUCCCCUACGGCAGCCUGGACCACUUGCCUCUAGGUAGUAAAGGCUACGUGUCGGUGCGAGAGGAGGCCGUCAGACUCUUUAACUGCGUGCAGCAGCUGGAGUUGGAGCGAGAGCCUGUGCCUCUGAUCCAGGGCGUCCUUCAAACCUGCCUGGACCUCCGACCCCUGAGGGAUGAGCUCUACUGCCAGCUCAUCAAGCAGACCAGCAUCGCCCCCCACGCUCACUCGCAGACGGUCCCGCAGACGCAAAACGGUGCCCGGCUGCGCUACUGGCAGCUGCUGACCUGCGCCAGCUGCACGUUCCUGCCCAGCAGCCCUGUGCUCCGGUACCUGCGCUUUCACUUGAAGAGGGUUCAGAGUGUGUGCGUGGACUCGGAGGUGGAGAGCUGCGCCGCGUUCAUCGCCCAGGCCCUGGAGAAAACACGCUGCCGCGAGUGCGUGCCGUCCUGGGAGGAGGUCCAGGGCUUGAUGACACGACAGGAGAUGAUGUGUACAGUCCACUACCCCGGGCCGGGCUGCUGCAGGAUUCCCAUCAGUUCACACACUACUGCUAAUGAGGUGGUGAGGAAGGUAGCCGAGCGUCUCGGCCUGCAGCACAGCCUUAACACUUUCACUCUCUUCGAGCAGAAAGACUCCUGGGAACGGACGAUCGGGGGCAGCACCAUCAUCGCCGAUGUCAUCACCAGGUUUGAAAAUCUAUCGGCAAAGGAGUCAGACCCUGAAUGUCAAUGCAGGCUGUGCUUUAAACUCUACUGCCUUCUGGAUACAGAAAGCAUCAGUACAGACAGCAUCGAGUACCUGUUCCUGUACGAGCAGUGUCAUGAGAUGGUGGUGCGAGGUCAGAUACCCGUGUGUGAGGAGGACCUGUUGUCUCUGGCUGCUCUCAGGCUGCAGGCUCUGCUUGGUGACUACGGAUCGCUGGCUCCAUAUCCGGCGCUCGAGCAGCUCUACCCCGCACGAGCACUGGAGAACCGCGCCCUCCUUCCGCCUCCCGAGGCUCUGGGGUGUCCCCCGUUCCCUGCCGGACUCAUCGGGGCGUUGUGGGGUCAGAAACGUCGCGAUGGCCAGGAGCAGAGACAGCGCGCCAGGUUGCGAGACGAAGCCACGGCUCUGUCCACCAGCAUCAUGGAGCGGUGGAAGUCUCUGUCCGGGUACAGCCGUGCAGACAGCAUGGCCGCCUACCUCAGCAUCGCACGCCAGUGGCCAGGCUUCGGGUGUACGCUGUACGAAGUGGACUUCUAUAUGAGUUCGAGCGGAAGCUUCUCUCAGCGCCUGUGGCUGGGCGUAGCAGCAUCCUGCGUGUCUCUGUAUCGGCCGGGAGAAGCCGAGGCGCUCGAGUCGCUCCCCAUCGCGCAGAUCUGCUCGUACGGAGUCUCCGACAGCAACACCUUCACCAUCACUGCCACCGACCGACACCUGCUCUUCCACACCUCCGAGCUGACUGAGAUCAUGCAGCUUAUGAAUGCCUACUUCAGUGCCACCCGACGCCAGCUGGCUAAGGAUGACUGCAUCACCAUGGAAACCAGCUCCAAGCUCCGCCCCUCCCUGCUGGAACUGCCCUCUCACCCGGUUUGAAGAGACGCUCAGCCGAAUGUAAAUUGGCUCCUCCCCCUUUUCAAAAGCUCCACCCACUCUGUCCAAGACGUCAAUCCGUCCUGAGAUAAACAGAAUGGAGAUGAGACAGAGAGAAAGAGAGCAGGGCAGUAUGGACGACCGCCAAAAAUCCCAGAAUUCCGAGCACGUUCCCAGCCUGGUUAAUGCUAAAAUCCUGAGAGGAACUCCAAGUACAGAAAGACGAUAAGGAAAAAAAAAAAACACAGACAUGUCCGUUUUGGACGUUUCCUUUCAGCAGUUCUUUAUGGACACUCACCGCAGUGCAUCAUGGGAGUUCAAGACCGCACUUCAGACACGUAACGAUGACAAGUGCACUAUACGGUGUCAUUUCGGACACACGGAUAGUCAACGUGUGGGCGCCUGUUCAAACCAAAGCGCCUUUAGAACCUCCACCACAACCGCAAUAAAACAACCGUCUAGGUAUUUUCUACACAUGCAGCCAUUGUGGAUCUCGGAAAAGCUGAUUUCCGGAGUUCCGAUUUGCCGAAGUACAUCUUUGCUGGACGACAGAAGCCUUUAAGCAGCUGGAACCAGGAAUUAUACCGCAAAGAAAUUUCCCACGAAAUAAAAACAAAUCCAGGCCACUUGUAUGAAGGCAUAAGUCACGCAUAUGUAGGAUUUCUGUACGAAUAAUCGCAACCAUAACCGUACGUAAAUAAUCGCUCAUCUGCCGAGUCAUCGUCGUUUUGCUUUUUUUUAAUUUUAUUUUAAAUGUAUAAUGUUACUUUGUUGUUUUUUUUUUUUUACAUUAUUUAUAGACAUCUAUAUGUGGUUUUUUUUUUAUUACGUGUUUUUAUAUCUCCUUACGAAAAAAGUGCAUGAGGUGUAUUUUAUUCCUUUAUUAAUAAUCACACAGGCCCCGGGAACAAUCGGCCCCGAUGUAUAUAGUUCACAUGAAUCCGAAAAGGGCUACACGCGCACGUCCAGAUCACGUGAAAAACGCCGCCCUUUCGUUUAGGACCAAACGCAUCAUCGGGGCGGUCAGAACGGUUUUCCUUUUUUCCGGGUUUCUGUCCUAACACUCGAGCGGAGACUCGCCGCCUGUGCCUGUAACAGAGAAGAAAAAAUUACGUAUAAUCCAAAUCCUGAAAGUCCUGAGAACGUGUUAAAAUCAGAUUUAGGAUGAUGCACUGAACAGUCUCAUCACAUUUCACACUGAACCCAAAGUGCCAUAUGAGAGAGAAAAAACGAGCGAGUAUUAAAUCUCAGCAUGUUGUGAUGUCAUAAUAUCGUCAACGAAAAAUCCCAGAAAAGUUCUUGCUCUAUUUUUAUUUCUUUUUUGGAGAAUUCGUGUCGUAUUGUUUCCUGUUGUUUUCCGCCCGACAGCAUCACCACUCUCCACUUAAAGCAGCUGCAGGCAGCUCCGCCCACCUCCGUCUUAAAGCUUCACGCCGCAUACGCUAAACGCAGGGCGUGCGUCGAGUCGGGAUGCUGCGCGGUACUGCGCCGCGAUGCGCGUCAGCAGCCAGUUGCACUAAUGUCUGUACAGCUAACGUGAAUGUGCAAUAAUUAAGAAUGAUGGUAGAUACUGUAUGUGAUGUAACUAAUAAAAGCAGCACCAUUGGA